AUGAAGAAUCUGGGCCGUCCGACAUUGCUGCAGAGGUGGGCGGCAAGAGCGCCGGACUCGCAGUUCCAUGCCACUGCUGGUGCUGUAGGAGGGUUCACAUCGGGAAUUGUCACAUGUCCGUUGGAUGUGAUUAAGACAAAAUUGCAAGCCCAAGGUGGCUACACGCCCGUAGACAGAGGGCGACAUGCUGGGCAUCCCAAACUCUACAAUGGCUUGGUAGGAUCGGCUCGAGUGAUCUGGCGAGAAGAGGGCAUCAGAGGCCUGUAUCGCGGGCUUGGACCGAUCGUUCUAGGGUAUCUCCCGACAUGGGCGGUGUGGUUCACAGUGUACAAUGAGGCCAAGACCGUCCUCGGCCACCAUUAUGAAAACCAACACAUUAUCAACUUCUGGUCCUCCAUCGUCGCAGGCGCCAGCAGUACGGUAGUAACGAACCCCAUCUGGGUAAUCAAGACGCGGCUCAUGUCCCAGAGCAAACUGCCUUCGGAUCAGGGGCAGAGUUCUUCGACCCUGUUUCCAAAAACGGGCAGCACACCUACAGCAAGGCCAACAUUAUCAGAGCCUUGGCACUACCGAUCGACCAUCGAUGCCGCCCGCAAGAUGUAUACCUCGGAAGGCAUCGCCUCGUUCUACUCUGGUCUGACGCCAGCAUUACUCGGCCUGUCGCAUGUUGCUGUUCAGUUCCCCACCUACGAGUAUCUCAAGACGAGAUUCACGGGACAAGGCAUGGGCGAGGCAUCAGCCCACGGACAGAAGCCCCACUGGGUGGGCAUAUUGUCAGCGUCCAUUCUCUCAAAAAUGCUCGCAAGCAGCGCGACCUACCCUCACGAGGUGAUCCGCACAAGACUGCAAACCCAACGACGACCUGUGGCUGGCGAACAGUACCUCCAGGGCAUGGGCAUUGCAGGAGGGUCAGAGAUCAAGCCACAGGUCCCCAAGUAUAGAGGUGUAGUCAUGACCUUCCGAACAAUCCUGCGCGAGGAAGGAUGGCGGGCAUUCUACGCCGGCCUGGGAACGAACAUGACACGGGCUGUGCCGGCGGCGACGGUGACAAUGCUCACAUAUGAGUUUGUCAUGUCCCGCUUGAAUGGGCUGAGGGACGAGGGCAAGGCCUUCCUGUUACAAAGCGAAGCAUCGCGCCCUUGA